AUGCCAAAUAGACGCCACGGCCGAGCAGCAGCGGCUUGCAUUUUCUGCCGCCAGAAAAAGUUGAAAUGCGAUGCAGUUAAACCCACUUGUGGUAAUUGUCUAGUUAAAGGCAUUGAUUGCCGACAAGGGACUGUUGUGCAUAAGCCGAGACCAACAAAUAAUCGCAUUGCGCAAUUGGAGUCUGAAAAUGAAGCUCUUCGUCGACGGUUCUCCCAGGGCGAGAGUGGUGAUGUCACGACGCAGGAGUCACCUCGGAUACCUGAUAUGAAUAGCUCACCGAGUCAGAAUACUAUAGUAGAGGCAGAGACUCCUCAUCCGGAAGCGCCUGAUAACAACCGUCGAAGGAGUCGCUCUUUAUACCAUGGUCCCACUAGCACUGCUUACGAUGAUACCCAAGAGGAUACACGGGGAGAUACUAACAUGAGUGAAGAAUGGUCUCGACAUCUUCUGUUUGCCGAGACAGCCAGGCAAAGACAACUGGAACCCCUCAACUACGCCGCCAGCAAACUCGACUUUGACGGCGUCGAUCCCGAAAUCGGAACCCACCUACUCUCAAUCUACUGGAGUCGACAGCUCUACACAGCCCAGAUCAUCUACCGACCCGCCUUCAUGCGCGACAUGGCCUGCAACGGGCCGUACUUCUCCAAGCUCCUGCUCAACGCCAUCUUUUUCGUCGUUUCUAAGCACUGCCCACGACCAGAGCUUCGCUCCAAUCCACAGGAUAUCACCACGGCAGGGUGGCGGUUUCGACAGCGAUUCGCAGAACUCCUCCGUGACAGUUUCGAUAAGAGUGAGAUUACUACGUUGCAGGCGCUGUUGAUCAUGUCGAAUGCCCUGUUUUCGAGAUGUGACGAACGCAGUCUGUCGUGGUUGUAUGCGGGGAAUGCGUUUAAUAUGAUUAUCGAUCUUGGGCUGCACGUUUUGCCACUGACGAAUGCCAUGUCGGCGGAGGAGUUGGAGAUUCGGAAGAGGGUUCUUUGGGGGGCUUAUUUGAUUGACAAGAUUCAAUGCCUGUUACAAGGCCGACCUCCUCUCCUCCGUCAAGUCGACUUUAACACACCAUUGGAGUUUCUGGAUGAAUACGAUGAGUUGGAUCAAUUCCAGAGUCUGACAUACACUGAAACGCAUCAGCCUGGCAUACCUUCUAUGAAUGUCACGUUAUUGACCAAACUGUGUGAAGUUUCGAUUAUCAUCGAGCGCAUUCUCUGCGACGUCUACUCCGAGUCAGCACGCGACACAAGACCAAGUCAAGAUACAAACGUCUCUGAAAGAAUCAAAUCAGACUUGAAUGCAUGGCGUAACAGCCUUCCACUACAGAUUGACUAUCUCUCCUAUCCUACCGAGAAUGCAGUUCUCCUCCCUCAAUCACUCUGUCUUUUAGCCCUGUAUAACAUCCUCAUCAUCCUCUCUCAACGCCCCCUAAUUACAAGGAACAACACACCCAUCGCCCACGAAUCCAUCACGGCUUGUACCACUGCAGCAAACCAAAUCGUGCAGAUCCUACGCGACUAUUCAACGCGGUUCUCCAUCCCAAGUGCUCCGUAUAUGCUGUCCUACGCCACGUAUAUCAGUGCAACGAUCCACGCACGCAUCGUGGCGCAGAAAGGAAAGGACUGUAAUGCGUUCCAUUCACUAUUAUUUUGUCGGAAUAUUCUGAUCGAACAUACAUGGAUCUAUGCGGCUGCUGGGAAAGCGAGGGGGAAUUUGGAUAAGAUGAUUGAUCAUUUGGGGAUAAGUUUGACCGAGCGUGGAGAUGACACGGGGGAGGUGGUAGAGCAGCCUGUGUAUGACCCUGACCCGGUAGAAGUGAUGCCUGAACUGGGUGAUCUAUCACAGAUGAACUGGGAAUUGUCGGAUAUAGAUCUCGACGCUAUAGCGGAGGGAUUCCUGGUGGAUCGUGACUUGCAUUAUCUGAUGCAUCCAUUAUCAUAA